AUGGCAAACAUGUGGUGGGCCGCUGUGUUGGUUUUGUGCUCAGCCUUUGGACGAGGACAGGAUGGGCCACGUCUCAGCCUGGAGAGACUUCAGCCGCAUGGUGGCUUCGCACACCCCUCCUCUUCUCCAGUCCGCUUUACUUUCGCUCCUAUCAUUGGAGAGCGGCGUGGUGUGGUCAUGCAAGGUUUCUGGCUUCAUGUAUCUCGGCGUGGCCAUGAAGUGUUCAACCGCACAUUUACCACACAGCUGCCUGUCGCUGAAGUGCAGCUGCUGCCGGGAAGAUAUCAGUGGCAGGUACAGUGGUUCAGCACUGAUGGUGAGGUCUCUGAUCCAGCGUCUUCCGAUGUCCUGGUAGCAGAUAGUGGCGGCGAUGUCUGGACAGGCGUUCCAUGGAUGGGAGCCAACGACACCAACGAGUACGAAGCGCAGUUUGAUCUUUCCGGGAGCCAGUCUGAUCAGGUGGAGCUGCUGGUCACAACAUUGGGCUUCGGGUACGUGCAGAUCAACGGGCAGGACGUGUCCCAGGAUAUUCUGUCCUACGCCGGGUGGACCAGAACCGACCGGCGUGUCCUUUAUCGAAGCUACGAGGUGACGAAAUUGCUGAAUGCCACAGCCGGUGGAAAUCUCUUCGUGGCCCUGGGGUGUGGGUACAGGUGCGACCCGAAGGGCCGAUUUCCGAGCUACAAGGACCCAGUUCCCGAAGGCUCCCAGGACACGGUCCCGAAGAUUUUUCGCCUACAGCUGCGGAUCAACGGGCGACUUGCCUUCCACACCGGCACGCCCGGGGCCUGGCGCCGGCGUCAGGGCCCAGUGACGCAGGACUCCGUCUAUGAUGGUGAAGUUUACAAUCCAAGGGCAAUUGGCCCAUGGGUGCCAUCAGAGUCCCUUCCCCUGGCCCACGGGCCACCGGGGGCGAUGGUCGCUGCGUCCUUCCCAGGCGUCCAGGUGACUCGGGUGGAUCAUCCAAUAUCGAUCACAGCGCCAGCUCCUGGUGUCCACGUGGUUGACUUUGGCUCCAACGUUGCGGGAGUCUGCCAGAUCUCCGUGCCUCAAGCGGCGACUGUCACGCUCAAGCACGGAGAGGUGCUGCAGCAUGCGGCCAUGCCACUGAAGAAGAUCGACCCAUCCCGCGUCUACUUCGACAACCUGAGGUCUGCUGCUGCCAAUGAUACCCUGAUUCUGGAUGGUCCCAUUCAAAACUGGCGACCGCGAUUCACCUACCACGGUUUCCGCUAUGUGGAAGUCUACGGCUUUCCGGGACCCUGUUGGAUGCUGAUGGCCUUUUCAACGCAUGAUAGAAGCUACCCAGUGAUGAACACUGCGCUGCCGGAUCGAGUCAACGUGACCCUCUCCGACGAGGCGAUCCACACGGGCUCCAAGGGCGUGCAGCGCUCAAACCUGAUGCAGGUGCCAACUGAUUGUCCUCAGCGCGACGAGCGGUUGGGCUGGAUGGGUGACGCAUCCCUCUCUGCAGCAUCACUCCUGGCACACUGGGACUACAAUAACAUGGUGUCCGCAUUCCUGGAUUCCAUGGUGGAUGAAAUGGGCCCAGAUGGGUCCUUGCCGGACGUGGUACCCUUCCAGCGAUUCGGGGGGAGACCGGCGGACCUGUCCUGGAGUGCGGCCUUCCUGGAAAACCUCUGGCAGCUCUGGCAGAAGGAUGGGGACCUCAAGCCGGCGCAGAAGCAUUGGGACGGCGUGAAGGCUCAUGUCAACAGCCUCCUCGCCACGUACACGGCCGCAGGGAACGUCACAAAACUGCCUCAGUCCUACGGCGACUGGUGCCCUCCCCCAAGGACCCCUGGUGGCCAGCCCACUGAAACACCUCCAGUUGGCUUCACAUCUGCUGUGUCCAUGCUUCGGAGUGUGCAGCAAGCUGUCGAUUUGGGCACGGCCUUGGGAGGUGCAGCAGCCAAAGAUGUAGAAUCGAUGAUCACCUGGCACAAGAGCAUGCUGAGCGCCUUUCACGAAGGCUACUACAAUCCGGUGAACAAGACCUACGCAAACGGUGUAAUGGCCACGUAUGUGCUGCCCUUGGCCAUCGGCGCUGUCCCUGCCACAGAACUCCAAGCUGUCUCGCAAGGGCUCUUGAAGUAUAUAGCAGACCAUGGAAACACCUGGACUGGUGGCAUUAUUACCGUUCGCUUCUUGUUCGACGUGUUACAUGACAUUGGGGCUGCAGCGACGGCGCUUUCCAUGUUGCAAAAGAAGGACUACCCAUCAUACGGAUACAUGUCGCUUAGAUGA